UGAACCAUGACGAGGAUUGUACAUAUCUUGAUCCUUCGAUCGGUCGAAUAUCAGUUGAUUGGAGUGUCUAGCUCUGAGAAACUUCAAUGCGCGACGACAACCUGUCCCUACAUGAUUUGAGUCUGCACGAUAUAUCUUUGAGACGGCGAUAUUCAUCCUUUAUCCGCAAUUUCUUUUCUGGGCCCCUAGUGGUGAAUAUCACGCUGAUCAGCGUCUUGCAGAUACUUCUUGUUGCGUUUCGCACCGAAAUUCGACAUGAGUGAACGACUCCGUAUUCUCGUCAUCGGCUCCGGUGGUCGAGAACACGCUCUUGCCUGGAGACUCGCCAAAUCCCCGUCCGUCGAUGUCGUCCACGUGGCCCCUGGAAAUGGUGGCACCGAGUCUGAUAAUAUCCUCAACGUCGACAUUUCUGUGGAUGACUUUCCUGGACUAGUCGCUCAUGCAAAGAAGCAUGGCUUGAAUUUGGUGGUUGUGGGUCCAGAGGCCCCCUUGGUCGCCGGCAUUGAGGGCUUCUUCCGUGCCGCUGGUAUUCGUCUUUUUGGACCCAGCAAAACUGCCGCCCAGAUGGAGGGGUCAAAGGCCUUCUCAAAGGAUUUCAUGCAACGUCACGGCAUCCCCACAGCAGCUUUCCGCAACUUCGAUGACUACGAACAAGCUCGCCAAUAUCUCGACUCAGUCAAUCAUGAUGUGGUCAUCAAGGCCGACGGGCUUGCGGCUGGCAAGGGUGUCAUUCUUCCCACAUCGAAGAAGGAAGCUCACGAUGCUUUGAAGCAGAUCAUGGUAGCCAAGGAAUUUGGUUCUGCCGGAUCCAAGGUCGUCAUCGAAGAGUUGUUGGAAGGCGAGGAAUUGAGUGUGCUCACCUUCAGUGACGGCUACACGAUUAGAUCGCUGCCACCUGCACAAGAUCACAAGCGGGUUUUUGAUGGCGACCAAGGCCCAAACACUGGAGGAAUGGGUUGUUAUGCUCCAACUCUCGUUGCAUCCAAGGAAUUGAUCGCCCAGGUUGACCGCGACAUUGUUCAGCCUACCAUUGAUUGCAUGAGAAGAGAAGGAAUGCCUUUUGUUGGCUUGCUCUUUACUGGAUUGAUGAUCACUAAGAAUGGGCCUAAGGUUCUCGAGUACAACGUUCGGGGCGGUGACCCGGAAACACAGACUCUCCUACCGCUGUUGAGCGAAGACACAGAUCUUGCCAAAGUCAUGCUUGCAUGUACCGAGCAUUGGCUUGACGGCGUCGACCUCAAGAUCGAACCCAAGUUCGCCGCAACUGUUGUUGCAUGCGCCGAGGGCUACCCCGGCUCAUAUGCGAAAAACAGGUCUAUCACACUUAGUGAUGUUCCAAAGGACACAUUCGUCUUCCACGCAGGCACCAAAAAGGACAAGAACACUGUCUACACAACCGGUGGCCGCGUUAUUGCUUCUACCUCUACCGCGGAAACCCUUGAAAUUGCGGUGGAAAAGGCUUACAAAGGCAUGGCCACAAUCCAAUUCCAAGGCAUGCAUUUCCGGAAAGAUAUCGCCCACCGAGCAUUUAAGAGAAAGGCCGCGGGCAAGGAUGCCGAGGAAGCAGGCAUGACAUACGCGUCUGCCGGUGUGUCCAUCGACGCAGGCAACAGCCUAGUCUCGAGAAUCAAGCCGGCCGUCAAGGCAACAUCUCGACCUGGAGCUGACGCCCUUAUUGGAGGGUUUGGUGGCGGGUUUGACCUUCGCAGAGCAGGCUACCAUGAAAAGUCACCUAUGCUCGUCGGCGCGAUCGAUGGUGUUGGAACCAAGUUGAAGGUUGCUCUUGCAACCAAUGUCCACGACACGGUUGGCAUUGACCUGGUUGCUAUGAACGUCAACGAUCUAGUUGUCCAAGGCGCUGAGCCCUUGAUGUUCUUGGACUGCUAUACUUGCAGCAUCCUCGACGUCGAUAUCGCCAGUGCCUUCAUCCGUGGUGUCUGUGAAGGCUGCAAGAUGUCCAACUGCGCUCUAGUUGGUGGUGAAACCGCCGAGAUGCCAGGUCUUUUGGCAGGUACCGAGUACGACGCGGUCGGAGCCGCUAUCGGUGCUCUUGACCUUGGUGCUGGAAAGCGCCUCCUUCCUGAUAUUGAGAGCAUGGUUGAAGGCGAUGUUCUCCUUGGCCUUGCAUCAAAUGGUCUUCAUUCCAAUGGGUUCUCGCUUGUGCGAAGGAUUGUCGAGAAAGCACGCCUUGACUAUUCCAACUCUGCACCUUGGGAUCAUGAGUCCACUGUUGGACAAUCUCUUCUUACGCCGACCAGAAUCUACGUCGUGCCGUUGUUGCAAGCCAUUAAACGGGAUCUCAUCAAGGGUAUGGCACACAUCACCGGCGGUGGUCUCACAGAAAACGUGCCCCGAAUGCUGCCUGACCACCUGGCCGCUGAGAUUGAUGUGUCAAAGUGGGACAGACCAGCUGUUUUCAAGUGGCUACAGAAAGAAGGCAAUGUCAACAGUCAUGAGAUGAGUCGGACAUUCAACAACGGAAUCGGAAUGGUUCUUGUCGUCUCCAGCGUCGCAGCCGGCGAGGUUCAGAAGGUCCUUGAGGCCGAGGGCGAGACAGUCUUUAAGAUCGGCAAGCUUGUCAAUAAGGGAGAUGGUGAGGAUGUCAUCCUCAACAAUCUGGAUACUUGGAAAUCGUCAUGAUCACAUGUGAAGAUGAUCAUGAGAUUCAAUUUUGCAUAUGAUCCAACCUCAACAAAUGUUAUUAUGGCCCUUGCAUAUCGUUCGGGCCAUGACGAUCGAUUGGGAGGAGAGAAUGAUUGAUGGCCGAUGACCACUCAUUACCAUGGGCAUAUGGGAAAUACUCGAAGAGUUUCGUUGGUCGGCUUUCCUGAAACUUGUCAGGACCAAAAGUUGAUAAAGCUCGUUUGGUUUACAAUAUUGCUUGCGGUCGCUUUAUAGCGCUCUCCUUUGCAUCAGUACCAUCAGCAGACUUCAUCCGCAAAUACUCACUUUCCCAAUCAGCAGUGCAACAGCAUUUCGAAAAUUCACAGAGCCUGUGCUGCGUUGAAGCCAGACUCGACUUGUGCCACGUAUGGUACAGAUUUCGAUGCUACCCCUACACUAUAAGGGCAAGCCAUCAAGACCAUCGAGAGUUCAUUCUCUUGACUUGAUGCCGUAGGCGAUGCUUGAUUGUGCUUCUAGCAUUCUACUGGGCCAUCCGCCCUUAUCACCCAACAUCAAACGACUCACCAACAUAAAGCCUUCAGGUUGGGUGCCAAGAAAACGAUUGGUAAAACCUUUGAUAAUAUUGGACUGGCGGCAGAGUGUGGUGUCACUCGUCUGUAGCCUUGGAAGCCCACAGAUGUCGAAGACAGGCAGGGUUGGAACAGACCACACCUUUGAUGAACAUAGAGAGAAACGCUUUGGACAUGAUUGACAUGCACAUUUUCACUUGAGGCGUAUGUGCGAAGAUUAACGACUAGGACUUUUCUAUCAAAAUCCUAUAGAUGUGAAUGCGACAAGCUGCAUAUUUAGCUACAGAAGCACCCAAAGCAAUCGAUCUCAGCGCC